AUGCAAGAUGGAAUGAAGGUGCCUCUUCUAUUAGAUCUUCAAGAAGCUACAUCACAACAGAGUUGUCUUCUAUAUGAAGAUUUUCUUCUUCUGAAUUGCAGGCUUGUUGUGAGGAAGGCAAAGAAGGAGAAGAAAAUGAAGGAUCCACACAAGCCAAAGAGGCCACCAAGUGCUUUUUUGUUUUCAUGGUUUAGGAAACAGUACAAGGAAAAAUAUGGGAACAACAAAUCAGUUGUUGUUGUUGGAAAAGCUGGUGGAUAUAUGUGGAAGUCCAUGAGUGAUGAGGUUGGAGAUGCUGAUGAUGAAUACGACAACUCAAAGUCUGAGGUUAUUGGUGAUGAGGACUAUGAGAGUGGUGGAGAUGUUGAUUGGGAUUAA